AUGUAUUUUGAGGAUUUGGCUGUUCGUGUGAAGAGCACAGCGUUCCAGCAGGGAUUAAUCGCUGUAAGCCAUGCAACGCUACGGAAAUGGUGUCUGCAGAUGGCGCCACUUGCGUACCGCGACGUUGUCAAAACACUGGGGGAAGGUUCGCCUGCAGGAAAUGUCCUGGUGAUUACAUCAGUGGUGCGUAUGUAUGACAGUAAAGUGACCCAAAACAUUGACGGUUCGCCUCUCAAAGAGGUACAAUGCAUGAAAUGUGCUAGAGGCUUCAGAGCUGAGAACAAUGUUUGCGUGAAGUGCGAGGCCUGUGUUUGCACCAAGAGCCAGAUCGUCGUCAGAGGAAUCUGUGUGCCGAAGAGCUAUAUUAACAAUAGACCGAAGUACGAGGAGAAUAGCUUGCAUCCCUUAGCUUUAUUAGACGUGGUGAAGCACGAAUAUUCAUGUACGCAAAAUGAUUUUCGAGCUUGUCGCACUCUGGCUAGUGAAUGCGUCAAGAAUUUUUACUCUACUGACCUCGCAGGACCUUGCAGACUAUGGAUACAAUCUAAAAUACCAACACCCAAAGGCUUACCGCUACUUACAGUACAAUCUUCGUUGACAGACAAAUAUCCGGGUGAAACAAAUUUACCCCGUGGGAAGGAUUCUUUAAUAAUAGCGGCAGCGGUGUAUACUUCACAAGGAGGAGUACUGUUCCUUAAAGAUCCGAGUCAACAGGUCUCUCCGUGCUAUUUGCCUAUUAAUAUUCAAAUUGGACGUGACUUUACGGUAGAAAGAGACAAGAAUAGUCAAGGCUCGUUAAAACUGUACAUAUCAAUCGAAGCAAACUACGCGACAAAAUCUCAGCUUUCCAAUACAAUUGUGACUACUUUGAAAGUAAUCCAUGUCAUGCCUGAAGCCGGUGUGCAUCGAGGACUUGAGAUAUGGGGUGGUGUAUUAGGCUCUGUGCUGGCAUUGUACGCGAUGGUGCAAUGGCGCGGUACCGUCCGAAGAGGCGGUCUGUACAUCUCCAUAGCCCCGCUGUUAGCCGGCUCCAUCGCCGACACAUUGUAUUUCGCGACACUGUUUUCCACGCUCCACGCUUUGGCCGCAGAAGCUGGAACGAUCGGAUUGACACUACCGUUGUCGCGAGCGGAAGAGUACCUUAUAAAAGCACUUAUUUAUUCCGCAGUUUCUUUAAAGGCUUUCAAGGUGGCCUGGAUCAACAUCAAACAGUGUCGUUGUGAUAUUUUCUUCCUUAACUGGUCAGAGUACAACCCACCAUUUAAAGAUGCAUGUACAAUGGAUAAGCCUGGUAAUUGGAGAGCUGUGACAUUGGCUAGAGAAUGGAGUAGAAUGCAGACGAUGCGCAGAGUCUCAACGGGUCAUACAGUUAUUCUAGCACUGCUUAUUUUACAUCUUCUUAGACCUUGGCAGUCGUAUUUACCUCCAAGUCUUGGCUACAAAUGGGCUGUAGCGACUAUCGCGUGGUGGUCUUCGUACACCACAUUCCUAUUGGGUCGGUUGGCAUGGGACAGACUGGUCGCCUCACCAGUUAAAAGUUUGCCAAAGAUUUGCACCAACGUUGGUCUGUCGUUAUUGGUAUUCGAAGAAGAUUAUUAUGCGCAUUAUGUUCAUGGCAGGGUUAUAUACAAGCAGCUGGCACUUUCUAUAACAGAUUUAGGAGAAACCGAGACAAGACAAGCUUUACUGUCACGCUUCUUAGCUGCGUUUUUUGAAAGGGCUUUGGAUGGACUAAGCUGGGUUGCCAGCGAACUCACAAUAUUGGAGAGGUUAUUAGAUGUAGAACUGACGACUAGAGAAGCAGGCAACACUAGCACUCUCUUAUAUGAUCCUGCUAAUAAUACUCCUUCGUGUUUUGCUGUAACUUGGUGGGGAGAGGAGUGGAAUCUAUCAACGUUUGAUGCAAUGGUCUUCGGAAGUGUCUUCAUCGCAUUGAACGAUGCUUUACUCGCAGCACUGAUCACUGUUAUCCUAUGUCAGGUGAGGUGUUAUCCGGCUGUGAAAUACUUACAGUAUAAGGACCCUAACCCUGGGGAGUGA